AUGCUCAUAGGAGCGCAAUUAUUUUGGCAACUUAUUUGCGUCGGACAAAUCAAGGCAUGUAAGGCUCAUCCUACUAUACAUAAAACCAAGCUAGGCUGGGUAAUCUCCGCCGUAUCACACAAUAAUUCUUCGAAUGUGGCAAUGGCCGCAUGCCAUCUUACAGCAGUAGAUAAAUUGAACGAGUCCAUUUCUAAGUUUUGGAAGAUUGAGAAUGACUUCUCAUUGCCUAAUACCACUUACACUACCAAUAAACAAAUAUGUGAAACGCAUUUUCAGCAAAAUACUCGGCGCAAUGUAGAAGGUCGUUUUGUAGUAAAGCUGCCCACAAACAAUGAAAAACUUUCACAGUUAGGUGAAUCGAAGGGAAUCGCUAGGGGUCGGUUUUUUAACUUAGAUAGGCGCUUAUUAGCUCAGCCCGCGGUCUAUACAAAAUAUAAGGAUUUCAUGCGGGAAUAUAUCGAUUUAGGACACAUGCGUGAGGUGAAAGAUCAUUUGAACGAACAAGCUCUUAGUAUUUGCCGCAUCAUGCAGAUUUAA